AUGUCCGGCAAAAAUGAUCACCACAUUAUAUCAGAUUACACUGACAUCUCAGUGGACUGCGGCACCACAUACAUCCGACUGUCGAUCCUGGCUUGCCCUGUGUUCUACACUGGGUACAAUGAGUCCCUGCUCAUUCUUAAUCAAAUAGAGGGUGACUCAGCAUGCACAGGAACCCUGGAUGAGAGUGUGACUCCCCCUGUCGUGAGAUUCACCUUUCCCAUCAACUCUACCACAGCCUGUGGAAGCAUCUUCAGGACCUACAGCACUUCAGGCACAGGAAUCUUUUCAGACUUCUCCAACAUCCAGACGGUCAACGUCAGUGGUGUGGUCCGCUCGCAUGACCCCACUGUCGGCACGGUAACAUACAACGCUGAGCUGAAGUAUUUCUACUCCUGUGCCUAUCCUUUGGAGUACUUCAUCAACAAUACGCAGAUUGACGUGUCAUCAUCAUCCAUUGCUGUGAAGGAUAACAAUGGCAGUUUCAUCAGCACCUUAAACCUGGAACUAUACAGUGAUGCCAACUACACCACACGACUUGUUAUCCCAAGCGUGGGUAUUGAUCUAAGGACAAAUGUGUAUGUCCAGGUCCAGGCAACCAAUUUGACUUCCCAGUACCACGUUCUUCUGGAUCGAUGCUAUGCAUCACUGUCUCCCUUUCCAACUAACUCCACUUUCUUUAACCUCUUUGUGCCCUGCUACCAAGAACCGAUGACCACCAUGGUGGAAAAUGGAGAUAGCCAACAAGCUAGGUUCUUCUUCCCCGCUUUCCGCUUCAUAUCACAGCAGAAUGAGACCAUUUCUACCUACUAUCUCCACUGCAUCACACGGCUCUGUGAGCAGAGCACUUGCACCCAGUUCAAGCAAUGCCCCUCCAGGAGGAAAAGAAACACUUUGCCCGAAACUACCUUCCAGGAUGGCACAACCAACUUCACCACCAUCUCAUCGACACCAAUCAUCACCAAAGCUGAGAGCAGUAAGUGCUGAGUCUGCUUGUACUAAUUUGCCAGUUUUACUGCCAGAUGAACCUGGACGUAGAUUCAGUAAUUCCAUAAAUGUAUUAUACAGUUAUAGUCACAGUUAUU